GGGCAUGUGUGCCUAUGUGUGUAUUCCAAGGUUUCAAUAACUGUAGAAUACAUGCAAUAUCUUCCUUAGGUUCCCUCUUCAGCUCCCACAAUCAGCCAGGGCCUCCUGAUUGUGGAAGUAACUGAGUAAGCCACCUUGCUAGCAGAAGGUGUAACCUUAACUAAAUCUGCCUUAGGGUGGAAACAAACAUCACCUUUGCUGCCAUAACAAUUUCAUAGCAGCACAAAGCAAAAGCAAAUAGAUGUUCAUACCCAGUGGGGCUGUGGUAAAAGGUAGUAACAGUUUGUGCUACUUUAUUGCAGCAGACAUCCAUUUGUUUUAUGGCAGGAGAAUGUUGGUAGCCGAGAGCUGCCUGUACUCUCCAGCUGCCAUAGGCAGGCGCUCUGAGAGCUUGAGGGGCCUGAUCCUGUGCACCUUGAAUUCCCUGGCAAAAGCAGGCCUCUCAAGCCCUGGGAGUACCUGCCUGGCACAGCUGAUCCAUUUCAUUUGGUGACAUCUAUUUCUACCCUUAUGUUUCAUAAUGUUCAAGGUAAUUGCAGGAACCUGGGAAAGCUGCUCCAGGGCCACAUUUAAGGUGACUUUGUGGUUAGAAAAAACCAGAUGCAUCUUCUGAAGCUCACCUUUGGGUAUAAAAUCCACUCUCCUCUCCCAAGAAGUAGUAGUCCAGACUUUUCUGUGUCAUGUUUAAUUUCAUCAGGGUCCCUUUUCCACUGAAGACAGCAACUGUUCCUGCUCAAAAAAUGCUUAGGCUGCAAGCCUACAUGGGAAACAUUGCCCAAAGUGGUGUUAAUGAGGCUCUUUUACUCAUGCGCUCUCCUUGGAGAUGGUUUAAAAACCCUGAAGCACAAUCCAGCCUCAUUGACUUGUUUGUUGAGAGCUAAAUUUUGUAUUGGGGGAUUUUGUCCCAGUUUGCAGUCCAUCUCCCCAGAGAUAGAAUACCUGCCCUCUGCUCUGAGCCCAUGGGCAUUCCUAAACUAGGAAUGCAAGUCAAUUAAUCUUUAUCUAAGCUUUCCAAGCUUUAUUCAAGCUUUCUAGCAUUUCUUUGUGGUAUUUCUGAGGUAAUCCACACUGGGGGAGAGUUUCCCAACAUUUUAUGUGGGGGAAAUAACAUUUUUUUAAAUGAUGAUAAAGCUGUGGAAUGGGCUAUAAAAGAGGAGAGUGGGUGCAGGGAAGGAGUUGAGAGUCAGUAUUGCAGCAGAGGGAUUUGUCAGAGGUGUCAGGAAGAGAGAACAGUGAAGGAUAUAAAAAGGCUAGAGUGGGGAAAAACAAGCUAUUUGAAGUGUACAGAGACUGAACAGGAGCAAGCAGCAAAACCCAGAGGGACCCUGCUGAAUCUGUGAAACCAAGAUAUGAGGAAAAGGUGUACCAGCACGCGACCAGGAGAGACCGGAAUGGACGUGACGAGCCGCUGCACACUCGGAGAUCCCAAUAAACUGCCUGAGGGGGUGCCACAACCUGCUCGUAUGCCCUACAUCUCGGACAAGCACCCUCGGCAAACCUUGGAGGUCAUCAACCUUCUGCGGAAGCACCGGGAAUUGUGCGACGUGGUAUUGGUGGUUGGUGCUAAAAAGAUCUAUGCCCACAGGGUGAUUCUGUCAGCCUGCAGCCCUUACUUCCGAGCCAUGUUCACUGGGGAGCUGGCUGAGAGUCGGCAGACAGAAGUAGUGAUUCGAGACAUUGACGAAAGGGCCAUGGAACUGCUGAUUGACUUUGCAUACACUUCCCAGAUCACAGUGGAAGAGGGCAAUGUCCAGACCUUGCUGCCAGCCGCUUGCCUCCUCCAGCUGGCUGAGAUCCAGGAAGCCUGCUGUGAGUUCUUAAAAAGACAGUUGGACCCUUCCAAUUGCCUGGGCAUCCGAGCAUUUGCUGACACUCACUCCUGCCGUGAGCUGCUGAGGAUUGCUGACAAGUUCACGCAACAUAACUUUCAGGAGGUGAUGGAGAGUGAGGAGUUCAUGCUGCUGCCAGCUAAUCAGCUCAUAGAUAUCAUAUCCAGUGAUGAGUUGAAUGUUCGCAGUGAGGAGCAGGUGUUCAAUGCUGUGAUGGCCUGGGUGAAAUACAGUAUUCAGGAGAGGCGACCUCAGCUUCCCCAGGUGCUGCAACAUGUCCGUCUGCCCCUGCUCAGUCCCAAGUUCCUUGUGGGUACAGUUGGCUCAGAUCCACUCAUUAAAAGUGAUGAAGAAUGCAGGGACCUUGUGGAUGAGGCCAAAAACUACCUACUGUUGCCCCAAGAGAGGCCACUAAUGCAGGGACCAAGAACUCGGCCGCGCAAACCCAUCCGCUGUGGAGAAGUGCUCUUUGCAGUGGGGGGUUGGUGCAGCGGGGAUGCAAUUUCCAGCGUGGAGCGCUAUGAUCCUCAAACCAAUGAGUGGCGGAUGGUGGCUUCCAUGAGCAAAAGACGUUGUGGAGUUGGAGUCAGCGUUCUGGAUGACCUUCUGUAUGCUGUGGGAGGCCAUGAUGGUUCUUCUUACCUUAACAGUGUAGAAAGAUAUGACCCGAAGACAAAUCAGUGGAGCAGUGAUGUAGCCCCCACCAGCACUUGCAGGACCAGCGUUGGUGUGGCAGUUCUUGGGGGCUAUCUGUAUGCUGUGGGUGGCCAGGAUGGUGUCUCUUGUCUCAACAUUGUGGAAAGGUAUGAUCCAAAAGAAAAUAAAUGGACUCGCGUAGCUUCCAUGAGUACCAGGCGCCUGGGAGUGGCAGUAGCUGUGUUAGGGGGCUUUCUUUAUGCAGUGGGAGGUUCUGAUGGGACAUCCCCUCUCAACACAGUGGAGCGUUACAAUCCCCAGGAGAAUCGCUGGCACACAAUAUCGCCUAUGGGAACCAGGAGGAAGCAUCUGGGCUGUGCAGUGUACCAGGACAUGAUCUAUGCUGUGGGAGGUCGAGACGACACCACGGAGCUCAGUAGUGCUGAGAGAUACAAUCCCAGAACCAAUCAGUGGUCUCCUGUGGUGGCUAUGACUUCACGUCGGAGUGGAGUUGGCCUUGCAGUAGUGAAUGGACAACUAAUGGCAGUAGGAGGUUUUGAUGGCACAACAUACUUGAAGACCAUUGAAGUGUUUGAUCCUGAUGCUAACACAUGGAGGCUGUAUGGUGGAAUGAACUACCGUCGGCUGGGAGGUGGCGUAGGCGUUAUCAAAAUGACACAUUGCGAAUCCCAUAUAUGGUAAGCAUCUAAUAGGAGGGAAAUACUUUGGUCCUCAUUCCUAAAUGAACUGAAGAAACUGGCUGACGCUGCGGCUCUCUAGAGCUCUAGGAAAAUAUAGAUUCAACUGAAUUCCUUGCUGGUGCCUCUCUUCUGUAGAAUUAUAAAAUGACUUCUUGUGAGAGUGCACCCAGUGGGAGAUCACAUUGUCAGACUCCAGGGAACCACCUGACUCAAACACAAGUGUUGCUUAUGUUCAUAUUUUUUUCUAAAUAGUCUCUACAUUUUUGAAUAAUACAAACUUUCAAAGUUAUUCUAGCAUAAGCAGUGAUCUGGAACUACAACCUGUGCUGGAAGUCUGGCAAAAAGGAAGAGACCCUGCUUUGUUGAACAGUGGAAAUGGCCUCUGUGUAGUGGGUGGAGAAAGAAAGUGAGACCGAAAAUCUUGCUUUUGCCUUAUUUAUGGAGAGCUUCAAAAAAGUACUUGAUCUGCAAGGUGCCACCUUUGCACAGAAGCUUUUCUGUGUGCAGAGUAUUUAUUUUUUCAGUUUGUAAUUAUUCAUGCAUUUUGUCUCGCUUGCAACAAAAAAAAUUCCCCUUCUUUUUUAUGUAUGUGAUUUGAAGCUGAUGGUUGGGGCAAAGCUGCAUCCUCUGAUACUUCUAGAUACUGCAAUUCUAAGUCACACCCACUAAAGCACAAAAACUGGGAAGAUUGGUGCCCUUGAGUGUCUUUUUUUUUUUUAAGUCUGUGGAUCUGAGAAACAGGACUGGAAUUCCCAUCUCUUUGCUGAAGUAUUGAAGCCCAUAAGGGCAACAAAAACGGGGGGGAAAGCUAAAUUCAAAAGGCACCUUUUUAUUUUCUUAGUGGUAUAAAGAUUAAGUAUCUGGCAUCUCCCCUGUAUUUGAAUUUAACACUAUGAAUUUAUGAACAAUAAUUACUGCUAGCUUCCAGAACUUUUUACCACACUGUUAGAAUCAGGCUUUGGUCUAAAGCUGGUAAAUGGGGACUAUUACAUUCUGGAUAGUCCAGAAAGGUACAGUUGGAAUCCCCUGACAUUAGCUACAGUUGCAGACUUGCAGCAGUUCUUGCUGCAAACUGUUGUGCUCAAAAUGCUAUCUGUAUACCUGUCUCUCUUCCAGUUCUUUAUACUUCUUACUGUGGAACACUAAGAUGAGAUCAAAUAGUACUUCUCCUCAGCAAAGGUUUUUAAUGCACUUCCCUUAUGGUGGUGUUAGAGCUGGAAAAGAUAUGAGGCCUAUGUACUAAAUUUUUUAAGGAGGUGGUGUCCAGUCAUGGUGUGAGUAAUGGGGUAUAGUGCAGAACUUUAAAGGAUUACCUACUAAUUAGAUCUAAAAGGGUAAGAGGGACAUUAAGUCUUUGCGAUUCCAAAGGCAGCGCAAACAUCUCAGUUCUUAUUUCACGGUUUGAUUCAUGCAACUCAGCAUUUUAAUGUGCUUGAAUAUAGAAAAAAAUAACACUCCAGUUAAAUGACUUAUUAAAUAAGACUUUUUUAAAAAAAGAAAAAGACAAAAACAAAGCUCCUUUUCCUCUAAAGGUUGGCAUUCUUGUGUUUACAUAUGAAGACCAUUUGCACCUUUACAAGGAAAAACACGUAUUCUGUAAACAAUUGUUUACAUGCAUCAUUUAUGCUUUUUUCUAGCAUGAUUAACUUGUAUAAAUAGUGUUACCUUAAUAAAAUUCUUUCAUGCGGUUCA